UAAACCGCUUAGAGAGGGCUGAAAGCCCUAUGAAGCGGCAUAUAAGUCUAACUACUAUUGCUAUUGCUAUGAAAUGUUAAAGAAUGGGAUGGGGAAUUCGAGAACAUAUUUAGCAAUGGAGUUGAUGUUAGAUUAGAAAUUAAGAGCGAUUAGUGAUAUUGUUUAUGUAUUAAGAAAUAAGUUUAAGAUAAAAAAUAUGGAACGCGAGUAAGAUGGCUGAAAUUGAAAACAGAUAUGUACAAUGGAUUAUGUAUAUGAGAGGAUGGGAAAGAAAAGAUCUGGACAACACUUUGUUCAUAAAUUAUGUAAAAAUGUGCAAUAAAAAAUAAAAACCUUUGGGGGCGGAAGAGUAGGGAUUUGCGGGUUGUCCCCCCCCCCAAUCUUUAAUACAAUGUAUGUUCAUUCCAAAAAUGUUUUGUUCCCUCGAUGUUAAGAACAUUGUUUAGAUUUAAUUGCCUGUGUUCCUAAAACAACCCUUGUUUCAUCUCAACUGAGGUCUCCCAGCCUUUAAAAUAAAACAAGGCCAAAGAAAUUGGUUCAAAAGCCCUGUGCUGCCUUUCUCUUCUUCCCCAGAUAAGGCCUUGGAAGCGGUGAUGAAAUGUUUGGGACCUCGCAUUGUUGAACACAUUCACAAACAAGCCUUCGGCCAGGGCUUUUCAGGAGGCAGAAGAGCAUCGCCCGAUGGUGAGGAUGGGAAGUCCGGAAAUCCUAAAGUUUUCCCGAAACCGUCCAAGAGAGAAGGACAUUCCCGACACAGCUCCUCCGAUAGUAAAAGCAAGGUUGCUGAGGCUCCUGAGGGCCCCAGCAAAGAAGAGACCGCAGCCGAGGGGAAAUCUAAGAAAUUGCCUUUGGGAGCACCACCAGUGAGUGAAGCGGAUAUUCUGGCCAGUAAGUUUUGGAGUAAACCCAGGAGUAUGGGGACUAUUCUUCAAAUAUCUGACUUGCCAGAAGAUGUUUUUACAGAUCAAGAUAUUAAGAAAAUAGUUCAGCCUUUUGGAAAAGUUAGUGACAUAUUAGUUGACCGUUGUAAGAAAGAGGCUUAUCUUGAAAUGAAUUACAAAGAAGCAGUAAUAGCGGCUGUCAAAUACAAUGAAACCUGUCCUGUCCUCAUUAAUGGCAGGCGGGUGAAGAUAAGCGUGGCAGAAAAACCCAAGGCGCCUUCUAUCCAGAGCAAAGGAAAUGAGAAGAAAGUUCUUCAGAAUACCAAGGAUUCUGCCCCGAAUAAUAAGAAAGAGCAAAUGGCAUCUCAGGUGAAAAAAGGGACUUCGCUCUCUUCUGCCCCUAAAACGGAUGCCAAGAAACCCGGGAAAGUUGUCAAAAGCGGGGAGACCAAGGCAGCCCCAAAAGCCAAGAAAAUUGCAGACGGCAAGAAACCCAGCACCGUAAAAGAGAACAAUGCGGCCGAACCGGCAUCCUUGGAAGAGGGGAAAAAUCCUCCCAAGACGAAAAAACCUGCCGAGUCCCUCAAAGCCCUCGACUCCAAGGCCAAGGAGCCCCCCAAGGCCAAGGAGCCUCUGAAGGCCAAGGAGCCUCUGAAGGCCAAGGAGCCCCCCAAGGCCAAGGAGCCCCCCAAGGCCAAGGAGCCCCCCAAGGCCAAGAAGGCCGUUGAGCCCAAGGACAAAGAAGGGGCAAAGGCCAAGAAGGGGGGGGAAGGCAAAGCAAAGGAACCCCUGAAGGCCAAGAAGGCCACGGAGGCCAAGGCCAAGGAGCCCCUGAAGGCCAAGAAGGCCGUAGAGAACAAGAAGCCCGGGGAAGCCAAGGCCAAGAAGGCUGCAGAGCCCAAGAAAGCGGGGCAGUCGGACGCCAAAGAACCCCUCAAGGCCAAGAAAGCAGCCGAGCCCAAGGAGCCUCCCAAGGAGCAGAAGGCGGCGGGGGAGCCCAGCCAGGCCGGGGAAUCUCAGGGCAAGGAAGCCAGCAAAGCAGCUGACGCUCCAGAUAAGUCAGAAGCUGUUGAGAGUCCUGAAGCAGUUGAAACUUCCGGCAAGGAUCCAGAAGAGAUGUGUGUCGUGAUGAUUUCCAGUUUCCCCGAGACUGGGCUCAGUCUGGAGGAGAUUCGAAACUUAACCAAGCCCUUUGGGAAAGUUAAAGAUAUUUUAAUUGUGUCUUCGCAUAAGAAGGCAUACGUAGAAAUAAGUCGCAAAUCUGCAGAUUCCAUGGUGAAAUUUUAUACCUGCUUCCCAAUGUGGGUGGAAAGGAACCAGCUCUGCAUUUCUCUGGUCCCUGAGCUGAAGGAUCUAAAUGAGGAAAUCAUAUUUACUGCGAUGAUUAAAGAUGCAAAUCCAAGCGUGAACACGGAGACUCUGUACACCCAGUUUGUGCAUCUGGGGAACCUGCCGGAUGUGGGCUACUCCGAGCUUGAAAUCCUUUGCGUCGGCCUUCGCUUUGGACGAGUGGAUCAUUACAUGGUGAUAACCAACAAGAACAAGGCCAUUUUCCAGCUGAACAGUGCCGAGUCUGCAGCGUCCAUGUGCCGCUUCUUAAAAAAGUAUCCUUACAGUUUGGGAGAAGUGGAGCUGACCGUUGCCCGUUCGCCCAGAGUAGAACCUACAGCUGCUGAUGCUGUAAAAAAAGAAGUGAAAAAGCAAGAAGCAGGCCAAGAGAGCCCUGACUUGAAAACAAUUCCCGAAGGAUCAGGAGUGGUGCCCCCAUCUGCUGUUCCUCCCACGGAGGCCAAGGAAGACCGCGGGUCUGAUCCGGAGGCUAUCCCAGACACAGAGACUAAGCGCUUGGAUAGCGAGAAGGUGGUAGGGGAAGCGGCUUCCCAGCCCCUGAAGACGGAAGACUUGAAAGAAGACCCGGAAGCGUUAAAAAAGGACUUUGGGCUUGGAGCUCCAAGCACAGGCCAGGAUUUUGAGUCUCCAGACCUGAAACCCGAAGAAGCCGGCACUUUGUCCUCCUCUGCUCUGGUAAAGGAAGAAAAAAAGACUGAUCCUUCUGACCCGGAAUUGCCGAGAAAGGCCCCUCUGCCUGACGGAGAGAAGGCAAAGGAGGAAUUAGGGAAAGCAGAGGAAUUUCGCGGUGACGCAAACGAAGGAACCCCCGGAGCCCUCUCGGCCUCAGCCACGGAGGAAGAGACCAAGGCAGACCUCGGGCCGGGCUCCACCCAAGCUGCCCUGCAGGAAACGCCAAGCGCUGAUCCUCUGUCCAGUAACAGGCUGGCUUCUCCAGAAGCAGAUGCUACCGAACCCACCACCAGCUUAGCAGAGACACCUGCUCCCAAGGUGAAGGUGAAGGUGGAGGAAGAGCUGGAGGGCGCCUCUAGCGCCUCCCAAGCGGGUGCGGCGGUAGCCGAGCCAGCCGCGGCGGAAACGAAGGAGAAAGUAAAGGGAAGGGCUCAGCUGCUGCAGAGGGUUGAAGUGACCCUGGAGAAACUCCCGAAAGACUGGGCCUCAAGCGCUGAAGAAGUCAAACUGCAGGAGACCCCAGAGGAGAAGGCCAAGGUACAGAAGCCCGAGGAAAUUGUGACGAAGACACCGCAAGGUAAAGGACCGGGACCAGCGGAAGCCGAGGAAUCCUGCACAGCGAGCGCGCAGGAGGCAGAGACUGUAGCCGACACAGAGGCCGCUCCUGCCGCCAAGGCUUUGAACACACCCAAGACCAGACUUUCGGGUCGAAGGAAAGAGAAAAAGCCGCCCGGCAAGCCCGCUGCCAAGAGCCAAGGGGCGGCUGAGAAGACGCCGUCGCCAAAACCAGUGAGUCAGCAAAGGCCGGCGAACGCCCGGUCCAGCAUCCCAGAUAGCGCCAAGUCUAAACUAAGCAUGAGUUCGGUGGUGGUGGUUGCGUUAGGCGGUGGGAAGAGCUCCUCGCAGCAAGACAAGGACCCCCCGGCGGAGACCAAGGGGAGUCCCAAGCAGAGCCGAGAGCAAGACAGUAGAUCCUCCAACCUCAAGCGGGAUACCGGCGGCAAUAAGGUGUCCGCUGAGAGAAAUACCAGAAGCUCUAAAAACAAUCCUAAACCCAAAGAGGAAGAGGAGCUUUUUCCAUUUAAUUUGGACGAGUUUGUGACCAUGGAUGAAGUUGUCGAUGAAGCGGAGCCCCCUCAGCCUAGGAAGAACCCCGUAAGGGGCAAAAGGAAGGACCCCCCAAAGAAGAACCUUCCCUGCGAACCAGGCUCCAAGAGGAAGAAAGGCAAGGGGUUGGUCGCGGCCGAGAGCGAGGUCUCCUUCGUGACCUUGGAUGAAAUCGGAGAAGACGAAGGCGGGAUGGGCCAGGCGGACCUUCUGAGCUUGGAAGCCAUGACCGACGACGCCCAGGGACUGGUCACGGUUGACGAAGUGAACGAAGAGGAGGAGCUGAUCGAUGAAGAUAUUAAAGAUCCCCAGUCGCUGGUCACUUUGGACGAGAUCUCCGAGCAAGAGGAGGUCGCUCUCCCGGAGGGGGCCAAGGGGGCUUUUGCUUCAGGGGAGAGCGAGCCGGACCUCAAGACAGAGCCUUUAGUGACAGUGGAUGAGAUCGGAGAGGUGGAAGAGCUUCCCUUGAACCAGCUUUCCCACUUGAAGGAUGAGGAGGUGCUCAAAUGCUGCAAGGAAGAUGAGAAAGGAGGGGUUGAAGACGCCGGAGAUUUUCUCUCUUCCCAGAUCCCGGACGAUCCCAGCAUUUUAGUCACGGUGGACGAGAUUCACGAAGACAGCGACGACCAGCCCUUGAUGACUAUAGACGAAGUGACUGAAGAUGAUGAAGAUUUCUUGGAAGACUUCAACCGCCUGAAAGAAGAGUUUAGCUUUGUUACCGUCGACGAGGUGGGCAGCGAAGAGGAGGAGGAAGAAAAACCCGGCACAUCUGCCAGCAGAAAUUUAGAAGGAGCGACCAAAACGGCACCGGAGAAAAGAGCCGACGAGAACAUCCAGUCUUCUGCGGAAUCAGAAAACUUUAAAAUUCCAGCCAACCCCCCGUUAGAACGGAUGAAAAGCGUUCAGGGUAAACCUCUGGAGGGUGAAGCAUCUGCAGCCCAGCCGGGGGGUCCUGAAAAUGAGAAGCCCCUGGAAGAGGAGGUAGAGCUGCCCAGGGAAAAGAUUGAGCUAGAGUGUAAAGAAAAGGAGGAAAGAAAAGACGUGGAGCAAACGGAGACACUCACCGAAUCUGACGCCGGUUGCAAGCAGCUGCGGACAGAUAGGAAGCGGGUCGGCCUCGAGGUGGAGAGGCCCUCCAAGAAGCAGCGAAAACUCGUUGAGGAGCAGACCGGAAGCCUAAAGGUGCCCCUUCUCUCUGCAGAGCCGGUAGAGAACCAGAAGGAGCAGCCUUGCAGCAAGGGAAGCGACUCCCAAGAGGAGCAGCAACCGCUCGGCGACGGGGCGAGGCCUGCAGAGGACGCUGCGCCUGAAGCAACCGAAACGGAGGUGGAAGGAAGCCCAGCGGCCACUUCAGAGGAGGAGAGGAAGGGAGACGCUGUAGCGAUACCAUCCCCGAGCCCAGGGAUUUCCCCAGAGGGCAUGGCAGCUGGAGAACCACAGGCGGCACCCAAAGCAGCUGCCCAGAAUCCUGAGCUGAGCUCUGAUGUGGCCUUGGGAAAGGGCAGUGAGGCCGAUCCUUUGCAGCCCUGCGAAAAGCCUUGCAGAGAUCGGAUGGAAUCCAAAAGUGAAGAACCAGAAAGUAAACAGAGAAAAACAGAUUCCUCGGAGAAACCGAAGGCUCCAAGCCAGCUGAAAGAUUUAGACUUCCUUGUCCCCAAAGCCGGCUUCUUUUGUCAGAUCUGCUCCUGCUUCUGUGUGGAUGAAGCCUCCAUGAACAGCCACUGCCAGACUCCCCUCCACCAGCAGAACAUGGAGAAAUUCAUGGUCAAGAGCCCCGCAGAGGAGAAAGAAAAAGAAGAUACGGAAAAAGAGAGUUUAACGUGAUGGGAAGACGGGAAGUGCCUCCGCAGAAUUUCAUUUAGGGUCCAGUUGCUUUUUUUUGUGUUCUGUUCCUGGUUUUGUUCCGUUUCUACUUGGUUCCUUUUGAAGAUUUUCAUGCCGUAUUCACUUCGCUUCCUUCGAGAAGCAGGCUAUUAAAAUUGUGUAGUGAUUUUUAUUUCCUUCCACAAUAACGCUGGAAGCGCUCAAAUAAAUUCUUACCGUAGAGCCAA